AAAUUUGUUCAAUAGUUUAAUAGUUUAAGGAAUUGGGUUGAGUUCUAGAAAGUGGAAAAAGAAAAGUUGAAAUGGGCGAUUCAUUUCCCCUUUUCAACGAUCGUGAUCCUGCUGUGUUAUCAACUCUUAAGCGGUACCUCUCUCAGCCAAACAACAACGACGAAGACAAUGGCGACGGCUAUGCUACCUUUUGUUUUCAUUACAAAGGCGCUAUUCUUCGCUCGAUUGAACAACGGACAGGGAAUUCCACUGUCACGGACGCAGUUCUCGAUUCGUUAAUUUUAAUUGAAAAUCUCGACCGCCGACGGGGUGUUCUCCCUUCCGAAUCCAUGAAGGCAGCCUUUUGUGCCGUCGCCGUACACUGUACGGUCAGUUGUUUGCCGGUCUCAUGGGACAACUACUUCGAUGCUUUUCAGAGGAUUUGGGGAUUACGGAUUAAGAGCUUAGAGGAGUCAGGUAAGUCGGACCUUAUUUCUUCCGAGUUAGUCCAAUGGGGAACGGUAAUCGAAGCGGGCUUAUGGGAUUUAGAGACCUCUCAGAGGUUGUCGAGUGUCAAUACACGCGGUAAAGCGCUGCUACGUAUCAAAGGUUAUUUGGAGGAGGCCUUCCGUUCUAUGAGUCCUGCCUUGAGUCGGUUGGCUUCCGCUUCCACUACGGAGCCUACAGUGGAUCAUGCUGCCUCUGCGAAUCCUCAUCCUAGCACUGACGAAGGAAACAUGGAUAAUGUUGUAUCAGCUUCUGCUCAAGUCCCCUCGAGUCCUCAUCCUUGCAUUGACGAAAGGAACAUGGAUAAUGUUGUCUAUGCUUCUGCUCAAGUCCCUUCGAGUCCUCAUCCUUGUUCUGAUGAAGGGAAAAUGGGUAAUGUUGUCUCUGCUUCUGCUGAAGCCUCCCCAAGCCCUCACCCUUGCGCUGACAAAGGGAAUGUGGAUAAUGUUAUCUCUUCUUCUGCUCAAGUCCCCUCAAGUCCUCAUCCUUGCACUAACAAAAAGAAGAAGAUUCGAAGGGCAAGUUUCCAAGCUAGACAUAAGCCUCGUCCUCGCUGCAAGCAACCUAGAGGUGUUGUCAUUACUGACAUGGAGGAGGACCAGCCUCUUUGUACCAAAAAUGGCACCCCAUCAUCUUUUGAAGUUAAUGGAUGCUUGCAAGUUGCAAGUAAAACCAGGUCUGCUGCAUUGCUAGAUGGAGUAACUGAUUCCCCCUCCGAAGCCUUAGAAGUGCUUGAAUCGGUUGCCUUAGUCAUGGCUGGUAAAAAUUUCCACCCUAAAGGGAGUGUGGAAGACUCCAACAAGGACAAGGGUGAUCCUACCACAUCUUUUUAUCCAACUACUCAUCAUUGCACCGAAAAAGGAAAACAGAUUCUGAUGGUUAAUUCUCAAACAAGUGGUAACCCUAAUUCUUCCCAUAGGCAUUGUGAGGGACCUGCUGCCACUGCUGAUAUAGAGGGGUACCGGACUUUAUCAACUCCUGAUAUUGACAAAUUGCGAGACGCACUGACGUCAAGUAUUGCUGAUUUGACAGCUACUGUUGCUGAUCCCCUCCCUAAAGCCUUAGAAGUUGCUGCGACAUUAGUAUCUUUCAUGGAAGCAGCUAAAAGUUUAAGUACUGAUGGUGCUGAAGGGGAUGUAAGGAAGGAAAAGGGUGUUCCUGCAGCACCUAUGAAUUGUAAUUUUGAACAGGCUCAAGCUGAGAGGAGGGCACCUGACAAGGCCAUCAGAGAAGACCAGGACAAGAUGGCCAGGAGUGUUCCUGCUUCGUCUGUUGGUCAUAGUGUAGAACCCUCUCAAGCUAAGGAGGGGAAUGAAACUUUCAGUAGACCCAAGAAAGUGCCGAAGCGCAACUUAAUGAAGAGGAAUGAUGCUGCUCACACUCAUGAGAGGAGGGCGCCUUAUGAGGGCAUUAGAGAAGACUACAACAAGGUGGACGGGAGUGUUCCUGCACCAUCUGUCAAUCAUACUGCGGAACCUUCUCAUUCUAAGGAGGGGAAUGAAGCUGUCAUUCGACCCAAGAAAGUUCGUAAGCGCAGCAUAAUGGAAAGGAAUGACACUGCUCACGCUUCUGAGUGGGAGGAUUCAAUUGAUGGCUCUGAUGGAGGGACAAGUGGUUGUUCGAACAGGUGUACUUUACCAAGCCCUAAAACGAAUCAUGUGUCUCCACUGAAGGAAAGUGAACCCCAAAAGCAGAAAAACAGAAGAAAAACUAACUGGUGGACGCAUGAGGAAGAACAGGCAUUGAUCAAGGGCUAUCGAGAGUAUGGAACCCAAUGGAAACUCAUUCUCGAAUCCUACCGGGACAUAUUGAAAAAGAGAACUCAGGUUGAUCUCAAAGACAAAUGGAGAAACUUGAGCAAAUGAUAUGGUUCUUAUCAUAGGUUGUAUGUUCCUUUUUGGUCUUAUAACAAGUGCACAUGCUUACCACUGGCGCUAGACUUAGCUAAACUUGUGAAAUGGCCUUAUUUUGUGAAGUGAAAGAGGGUAUAGUUAUGACUUUUGAGCAGUGGUUUUUUUGAAAAGUGUAUAGCAAAUAGGAAUAGGAUACCGUAUAUAAUGACAUCCAGUUCCUAUAUCUACUGAAGUUGCUUUAGCUUUUGUAGUGUUGCAAUGGGAUGGGGAAUACUACUGGUGAAUGAUUGUAAUGGUAAUGUCUAUAGUGAUGGCUUCCUGUUCCUGUAUCUACUGAGGUAGCUUAACUUUAGCUUUUUGUAGUAUAGUAAAAGGGAAUGGGGAUACUGCUGGUGAUGAUGAUGGAAAUGCAAUAUUUUGUUGGAAGAAAAUUCUAAAUAUAUAAUGAUGGGGUUCCACUUUUGUGCGUGCCUUCUUGUUGUUGA